CUGGCUCACAGCCCCUUAGAUCUGCCGGGCGUUGUUCUUCGUAGUUCUAUUUCCCAGACGAAGUUUGCUGCAGCACACUUGCCAGAAGAAGUGUACAAUGCCUUGAGAGAGAAAGGUGGUUUAAUUCCACACCACUCUCUUCAAGACGCCAAGUUGUACAGAAAGGCGGAUCCAACCCAGCCAUGAGCUCUUCUAGGAACCAGCCCCUAGGUAACUCUACUGCCUUGGCCGUUCGCAAGCCGGCUGCUGCCCUAGAGGCUGUUCCCAUCUCUGCCAUUCCCGGGCAUAGAAGACCCACUCCGUCCCAGAAACGGCCACGAGAAGGGGUCACAGAUGACGACUUCCUUCCCAAGAAAGGUAAGGGUGACGGUACUUCUACUUCUCCCAGCCCCCUGUCUACUUCUUCUGGUGCCCAGCACACCAUUCCUGCUGCCGCAUCCGGGGGUUUGGAGCUACUCCACCCGGAUAGCUUAGAUCGUGAGGGAGACGAACUUCGGGACCAGUCAGCGCUUAAGAGACCUGCAGUGCAGCCCAAGCCUGAGGUGAUCAAUACCUCCCCACAAAUUGCAACUGCUCCCCAAGUAGUGGAGCAAGAAGGUGAGGGGCAGAAGAACCAGAGUUUUCUCCUGCAGCAGAGAAGGAGGUUGAGGCUUCCCACAGGCCAGGCAAACCUAGAGAAGAUGAGGGAAUCAGUGCAGGGCCCGGCAAUUCCCCAGGCACGCCCCGACUUGCUUGCCCUCAAUGCUCUGCACUUUAUGGAGCAGGCCCAACAAUCACUCCUCACUUUGACUGAGGAGAACUUGGGUGGAGCAUCAGGAAACUACCGGGCCGUGUUGCUCCUUAAGAAGAAGGAGUUAGCUGCCAGGGCUCUACAACAGAAGGUCGACUCCCUGGAACAACAAGUCCAGGUCCUCCAGGAAGAGAAUGCUCGGCUCAAGGCAGAUGGCUCAAUGGAACUAGCAGCCGAAAGACUCCGGGCACAAAUCUCCAUCCUGGAAUCCACGGCCUCAGCUUCAGAAGACAAGGUGGGAAGUCUGAAAGCUGAGCUGGUUGAAAGGGAAUCCCAGAUCGCGGAGCUGGAGAGUUCCCUCCAGGAUGCCAAGUGUGAGGGUUCCCGUCUUAACGAACUCAUGUUGAAACACAUGGAGGCGAAACGGCUUACCCUCGAGAAGUUGGGGAAAGAGAGACAGACUACCAGCGAGCUCCGGUCAAGGAUGGGUGAACUAGAGAAGGCAAUUGAUGCCCAUCAAGAGGAGGUUGCCACCCUGACUGCCCGUGCUGAAACCCUUUAUGAAGAAGGGAAAUUUGACAUGCAACACUGCAUUUAUGAGGCGAUCCAGAGUGGUCUUCCGGCUCGCCGAUCCCCGGACGACUUCAUCUCCCACUACGGGUUACCUCUUCCUCUUUCUCCCCCAGAUUCUCGAGCUGACCCGGGGCCUUGACUUUUUUUACCAACUGUUGUAUUUUGCUUUGUAACAUUUAAAUGGCAGCAAUAUGAUAGUGCUUGUAAUAUCUUGUUCUUUGACAUCAUCUCUUUCAUAUCUGUGUUUCUGUAGACUCCUUCCUUUGGGCUAACUGUUUCCCCUUUGGAACUCUUUUCUUUCUUUAGGACUUUGCGGAAUUUUAUCCGCCUAGGCUUUGGGCUUAAC